AAUUCUAGGCAGCUUCCUUGUUCGAGGAAUGUAUCCAUGAAUAUCCACAUAACGGAACAAUAUCCCACCUGUCUGCAGGUGUACAAUGAAACUUAUUUGAUGUCACGUGUCUCUGUAACAAUCAAAUAUUAUAAAAUAUAUAUAUAUAUAUAUAUAUCAUUUCGGUGUAUUAUAACCUGUGUUCGUUUCUCAACUGAUCACUUGGUUUGUUUCAGUUCUUUCACAUAGGUGUCGAGUCUCAAAGGUCAGCUGAGAAAGCCCACGUGACAGCUGUUUUCAUAAUGUCCACAGUUCUUAAAAAAAUCCAUUGAGUUAGAUAACAAUGAGCAGUCAAUCAACAUAUCAUCGGUUUACCCUUUGAUCAAAGACGUCUCAGCCAUGUUAUGAUGAGGAUUGAUUUUAAUUGAAAACCAUGGCGGAACAGAUUCUCCAGGCUGUCCCGGAUGUUAACAACGUUGGAUCUUUAGCAGAAGUUGAUGGUGUUGUGACCGACUUCCCUGCUGUUGAAGUCGAGGUACAUGACAAGACCAUCCAUGAGAUUGGGGGUCUGCAGACACUGACAGCAGUGAUGACCGAAGUUGAAAACAGUGGGAUGGAGGCAGAUAGGGUGCUCGCGAAUAAUAUGGUCAAGGACGUAACUCAAGGUCAUUCUCACAGAGACUUGGAAGGGCAGGAUGGGGUGGAUCCUAAAAUGCAGCUUCUAAUUUCCAAUGAAGGCAGAGAAAAUACUGCUGUGUAUUUGGUAGAUUACAAUUACUCAGACAAAGAUCUGAAGGAUCAGAUUGUUUCUGGACUGUCUGAUUCCCGAAUGAUGGUGGGAUCGAAGGAUGUUUCGUUAAAAUCUGAAGAGGAGAAAUCUGACCAGCUCUCCUCUCAGGAACAUGAGCCCUCGCAAUUAGGGUCGUCUGUUGAAUGUGGGUUGUCUGUUGAAUGUGGGUCACCUGUUGAAUGUGAAUCAUCUGCUGAGUGUUCGGCCAAGGCAGCAUGUGUGCAGCAUGAGGAUAGUAGACAGAAGGCCAACCAUGGUGUGUCAGUGUCAGGACCAGGAACGGUGGAAUCUCACAACACAAGAUCUCAGCAGGAACUUCUGCAGCAUGUGGAACUGAGGGGAAAGGAUGUAGCUGUUACCCGCUCUGGAAGAAAAGCUGCUUAUAGGUCUCCUCAGCGGAAUCUUUUAUGGUGCCAGGACUGUGGCAAGAGCAACGUCGGCCAUUGUCGUAAACAUGGCUCCCUGAUCACGGUCCCCGACUCACACGUCCCUACUUACGCUCGACUUACGCUGCCACCUGUGCUGGUUAUUAAAGUUGGUAGUAAAGGGGAAGGUGUGUAUGCCAAGAAAUACAUCAAGGCACGCACUCAGUUUGGUCCACUCAAGGCCCCAUUUUGUACAGAAACCACCAAGAUGGACAAGGGACGCUCAGACUUUUACCUGAAGGGAUAUGACAAUGAUGACGAGAUGUGGCAGUACGACCUGAGCAGUGAGGCGGAAUGUAACUGGAUGAUGUUUGUGCAGCCGGCCCAGACUUACACCGACCAGAACAUGGCGGCCUACGUGUACGACCGCAGGGUCUACUACACAACCAUCAAGCCUAUUGAGUAUGGGAAGGAGUUGAAGGUGUGGUAUGCUGCAGACUACGCCGUGAAGACAGGUAUGUCUCUCUUCACCGAUGUCAAGCAGGAGAUGGGCCCAGACAAACAGAAGCAGGGGAAGACACAUAAAGGAGAUGAUAACACAAGCACACCGCCGGAUUUGGAGGUGGACAUAGCAGACAACACUGAUGAUGAGUUCCAGAUUGUGGAAAAUGAAGGCGGCAACGGUUCCUCGGACAGCUACAGUGGAACGUACUGCAUCUCGUGUGACACUCAGUUCAAGACCAAAACCCAGCUGUUCAGCCACUCCUGUACCCCCAGGAAGAUGUCUAGCAAGAGGAAGCGAGGCUCUGGCUCCACCAGGCGAAAAGGCAGUCCCAGGAAGCUGGCCCUAGAUGAUGAUGAGGAUGAGGAUGAUGAUGACGAUGAGGAAUAUGAAGAAGAGGUCAAGGCCAAGAAGAGCAAGAAGAAGCCAGGACGGAAGUUACAAGAUAAAACAAAAGCUAAAUACAAGCGGAAACGGAAGGAGAGUAGUGAAAAGAAGAAAUACGCAAGAACACCCAAGUUUUCUUGUUCGUAUUGCCCGGAACAGUUUGCGGCAGAAGACUUUUAUCGGGCACAUGAAGCUUCUCACACUGGGAAGAGUGCUUACACUUGUGAUGAGCCUGAUUGUGGGAAGGGCUUUGUGACCAAAUUCACUCAUUGGAGACAUAUGCUGUCCCAUCGUAAACCCAUGAACAGAGAGUGUCCGUAUUGUGAUAAGGCAUUCAACAGAAUGGACCAUCUGAAAACCCACCUCAAGACUCAUGAUCAGCAUCGUUUUUCGUAUCUAUGUGACAAAUGUGGAAAGUCUUACUUACAUAAAAACACCUAUGACUAUCACAUGGCUUUGCAUGAAGCCAAAGAAGGCAUGUCUCUUGUGUGUAUAAUAUGUACUGCGAAGUACGAAACCAAAGACGAUCUUAUUAAACAUACACUCACCCACAAUAGGUACAAGUCCCUUGUUGAUACACCCAAGAAACAUGCGUGUCCAAUGUGUAAUAGAAUGUUUGGGACGAAUAAGGAUGUAAAAAGACACAUGGUUGUGCACACAAAAGAAAAGUGUUUUCUUUGUGAAUUAUGUCCCCAGACUUUUGGGAGAAAGGAUCAUCUACACAGGCAUUAUAAGACAAAUCAUUGUAAAGAAGCUAAGAAGGAGAAGGCAGUCGAAGGAGAACAAGUGUUCAGUUGUCAGCACUGUCCAGAGAUGUUUCAGAAGAAGAAGCUGCUGACGAACCAUGUCAAGUAUACUCACGAACAGGACCUGAGACAACAGCUUCCAGAGGGAGAUGAACAUCCUCUGGCACAAGCGGCUGGUGACAUCACGGAGGCAGCUGUGACAUCGUCUUCCUACAACCUGUACACCCUCUCCACACCACAACUCAACACUAACAACCCUGUAGCCGUGGUUCCCAACCAGGCAGCUAAAGCAUUGGAGCGCUACAUUAACACCAACGUGACCACCUCCAGCACUGUGAUAACACCACAGACCGUGAUGGAGGUUUCUGCGCCCGUGACCUUCAUCAACGGCCAGGCCAACAUGCCGGUCACUGUGAUGCCUCAAGGAAGGGAGUGCCCUGAUCACCUUCAGCAGGUGAAGGAUCGACCAGUGUUCCAGCAAGAGCAGAUGGCCCCUCAGCGACAGACUCGACCAAUGCCAUGGUCGUUCACUGUCAUAGAGGAGAGAGAUGACCACAGCUAUUCCACAGCACCAGCUCCUGCCUGGACUCCUAAAGUGCCGAACUUUCGUCAAGGGGGAACAUCGGUUGCUGAAGUAGAGACUGCACGGUUGCUCCAGUCGGCUCAGACGUCUCAUGGCUCCUUCUCAGCACCGUGCAAUAAUGCCACCACAAUGGCUGUAGCCUGGGACACAAUGACGGAGUAUUUUGCUGUCCAGCCGUGCAAUAACAUCACAGAGGUUGUGACGUCCAACAGUAUCGUACAGCAGACACAAGCCCAGCAGAUCACCCAGAACAUGGCUCAUGUUCCCAGAAGUCAUCUCCAGCAAAGUCACUCACACCAUCAAGCUCAAUAAAACUACCUUUGGUUAAUCUUAAAGGUUAAAGGUGCUAAAACUAUUUGGCUGAAGACAUACUGUUAGAUAUUUUUUUCUAAAUAUUUAGAAAUAGUUUACUUUGUAAUUUGUCUGCAGAUAAUUAUAGAUUUUAGAUCUGAGCUGAAGACGAUGCUGCUUAUACAAUUUGGGUCAGUGUCACCAUGUAAUCAGAUUUCCAAAUAUUUUGAAUAUUCAGUAAUAUUCAGUGGUUGUACAAUCAGUCUUAGUGAGGUAUUCCUGUGUUGCUCAGUUUGGUAAUUAGUUGUCAAGUAGAUGCAAUGCACCAAGUAAUGUCUGGCAGCAUUGAGACGCUUCACACAAAAAGUGUCAUCUAUUACUGGCUGAAAUGGGUCCAAGUUUAUUAACCAAGUGUUUACACAGACAAUACUGAAUAAUGGUCAUAGCGUUUGUUGCCUUAACUGUUGGGUUGGUAGCCACCGCCACUUUCCCUAUUGUCAGUGUUGAUCAUAUUUUUAAGGAAUUGACUGAACGACAUUUAUGCAAAAUUAUAGGGAAAUUAUAGAUAGAUAUACAGAUUAGAAAUUAUAAGUCAGAGAAAUCACUGGAUUCUGUUUAUUCCUGAGAAUAAUGAGCUCAUUCAGCGCUCAUGGAUUCCCCUUCGGAAUCAACAGAUUCCAGUGAUUUCUUCAAUCUUAAUCAACUUCUCUCCACAUCAUAUAGAUUUAUAAAGUUGUAAGUGUUUUACAUCGUUCAUACUUUGGUUUUGCAGUUUCCACUCAGUACAGAAAAAGGGAAUAGCUCUAUAAGCUUGACAAGCAGAGACAAUAUAUUUAAUAGUAACAUUAUUAAGGUAUAUACAUUUUCAUCAUGGCAGGGUUGCCAAUGUAUGACAUUUUACAAAGUGGUCGGUUAAGUAUGUUUUUCCAUGUACCAUGUUACAAUUUGUAGCAUUGUAGUUGUACAUUGUACCUUUGAACUGAUAAACAGAUUUUAACAGACUAAUGAAGUGGGCAUUAUGGUCACAGGAAUGAGAUAUAGCUGUUGUUUCACUUCUCUAUUCAUUGUCUUAUCACAGAAAAGUUGUUUCCAAAUGCUUUCCAGUGCUUUAUCAGUGUGGCCAGUAUCACUAGUGUAGUCUGUUACCAAAAUGUCAACCACUACUUAAUACACAAGACUAUAUUUUAAGACUUUACAAUUUUAUAUAGUGGCAGACAAGUCGUAAGGCUGUUUUCCAAUAGUUUCAGUCACUGUAAACAGACUUUAUUUAACAGAAAGAGGAUGUUUGGCUUUCCUUGUCAAUUAACAUGUUUAUGCCAGGGAGUGACCUGAUUAAACUGUCAUUUUUUUCAGGUCAUACAGCAUGUACAUAUAUACUUCUCCAAAGGGGUUAAGGACCCCCGUUUCAUAUUACUAUACUUAACAUGGAAUGGCAUGAUAUUGAUUAACUAUAGUAAUAUCAAAGAAUCUUCUUUUGAGUAGUAUACAUGUUUG